CCAACACUUUAUCCGACUUUUGGUAUUAAAAAUUUGGCUUCUGAUCUAUGUGUUAAUAAUGAAAAAUUGAUUCCUCCUCUCUCCCAUUUUUGCACUUUGUUCUUUGUUUGUUGCCGAUGAAACCUUUCUUCUUUGGCAUUUCAGAGUUUUCCUCUUGUUUUCUACUUCUGGGUUUUCUUCAUUGAGCUGGGAUUUUCACGCCAUUGCGAUCCUGUCCUUGCUUUCUCUUGAAAUAUUUGAGGUGUUGGAAUUUGAAAUGUCGUCUCCAAACAAGCGGAGAGAUAUGGAUGUCAUGAAAUUGAUGAUGAGUGAUUACAAAGUGGAGAUGAUCGACGAUGGGCUUAGCGAAUUUAAUGUUGAAUUCAACGGUCCAAAAGAAAGUGUAUACGAAGGUGGAGUUUGGAAAAUCCACGUUGAACUUCCUGAUGCUUAUCCGUACAAGUCCCCAUCUAUUGGGUUUGUGAACAAGAUAUAUCAUCCAAAUGUUGAUGAACUAUCUGGUUCUGUCUGCCUGGAUGUGAUUAACCAAACUUGGAGUCCAAUGUUUGACCUAUUGAAUGUUUUUGAAGUUUUCCUUCCACAGCUUUUGCUAUAUCCCAAUCCUUCAGAUCCCCUUAAUGGCGACGCAGCAUCUCUAAUGUUAAAAGACAGAAGCCAAUACGAUCAGAAAGUCAAAGAGUACUGCGAACGCUAUGCAAAAAGGGAAAACGUGACGAAUUCAGGUGCAGAAGAUGAGAGUGAAGAAGAUGUAAGUGAUGAUGAAAGUGAUUCAAGCGACAAUGAUAUUGCUGGUCAUGUUGAUCUCUAAAGGCCUUACUAGAUUCACACUCUCUCAUUCAGACAAAAAAAUGAAGAAACACAUGAAAUGAUGUGUUCCAUUACAUGGUUUGUUUGGAAUGAAUGGAUAUUUCUGUUUGUUUUUGCCAACUUACAAUUAGGCUGUAAAAUAAUGAAUGGUUUUCAUGUUUUGGGGGUAAGUGGAAGUACACUCCUAUAUGAUGUUGAAAUGUUAGUUUGUAUCUUAAAUUAAUGCCACAAACUCUGUUCGCUACUU